AUGGGCUCAUGGAGGAGGCCGGAUCCACAGCAAGGAGCCUCCCAUGUCRGCGACCAGGGAGGGGAGCAGGAGGACAAAGUCUGCGCCCACGGGGAGGCCAAGGAAACCUUCGGGGAGGCCAAGGAAACCCUCGCCGUGACGGAGCGAUCCGCUAAUGUGUCCUCGGUGCCUCCAUCGGGCUUGUCCUCGGCGUCCUCUCCAUCUAGGAUGGAGCCUCUCUCCAGCUUGACGUCGGCGUCCCCGCCACACGGCUUGGCCAAGGCAUCCUAUCCACACGGGGAGGCCACGCAGCCUCCAUCCAUCCUGUCCACAGCGUCAUCUGCACCCAAGACAUCCCCGGUACCUCCAUCCAUCUCAUCUAGAGCAUCAUCUCCCGACAAGACAUCCCCGGUACCUCCAUCUGUCCUGCCCACAGCGUCAUCUGCACCCAACACAUCCCCGGUACCUCCAUCCAUCUCAUCUAGAACAUCAUCUCCCGACAAGACAUCCCUGGUACCUCCAUCUAUCUCGUCCACAGCAUUAUCUCACACCAAGACAUCCUCGGUGGCCCCAUCCGUCCUGUCCAGAGAAUCAUCUCCACCCAAGACGUCCCUGGUGGCUCCGUCCAUCUCGUCCACAGCAUCACCUGCACCCAAGACAUCCCUGGUGGCUCCGUCCAUCUCGUCCACAGCAUCGUCUCCCGCCAAGACGCCCCCGGUGCCUCCAUCCAUCUCACCCCCAGCGUCACCUCCAUCUCCUCCCGAGCACCUGGAGUCCCCUCCCGCUGCCCAUUCUCGGCCACCAGCCGUGAGCCCCGGCCCCGAGAGCCCCGCGGCCGCCCCGAGGGGCAGCUCGGCUCCCCCGUCGCACGCGGCCACCGUGGCCACCGCAGCGCGUCCCCCCGCCGGGGCCAGGGGCGGCCUGGCCGUCGUCAUCAGCCUCUUGGUGGCGGCGCUGGUGGCGGCGGCGGCCGUGCUGCUCGUGCGGCRCUGGCGCCGCGGGCGGCCCCGUUUCCAGCGCCUCGACGAGGUGCCCCUGGGGAAGGUGACGGAAGGGUCCCCCAUCGCCCACCACCCGCCCAGCCCCUUGGCGCCGCCGCCGAGCGGCCGCCCCGCAGAGCCCGCGCGCGGCCCCGACCCCGACGGCGCCCGCGUCGUCUUCACCAUCGAGGAGAGCGGCACGAGCAGCGGCGAGGAGUCCGAGCCGGCCCGCUUCGACCUGGACAAUGGCCYGGCGGGCAGGGCGGCGCUGGAGCCGCAGGCCGGCCCGGCCUCRGGGCUGGUGCUGCAGGGCACCUUCGCGCACGGCCAGCGCCGCGAGUCCUUCCUCUACCGCUCCGACAGCGACUACGACCUGUCCCCAAAGGCCAUGUCCCGCAACUCCUCCAUCGCCAGCGACCUGCACGGCGAGGACCUCAUCGUGACGCCCUUCGCACAGGUGCUGGCCAGCCUGCGCACGGUGCGCAGCAACGUGGCGCUGCUCUCGCGCCCGCACGAGCGCCCCGGCUCCUCCAACAGCCUGACCGCGGCGAGCAAGGCCACCCUGUCCGGUGAGUACGAUGCCGCCCAGAAGCUCUCGCUGGAGACGCUGGAGGAGCUCGACUGGUGCCUGGAGCAGCUGCAGACGCUGCAGACCAGGCACUCGGUCAGCGAGAUGGCCUCCAACAAGUUCAAGCGGAUGCUGAACCGGGAGCUGUCGCACCUCUCGGAGACGAGCCGCUCAGGGAACCAGGUGUCCGAGUACAUCUCCAGGACCUUCCUGGACAAGCAGCAUGAGGUGGAGAUCCCCGCGGCGCUGCCCAAGGACAGGGACAGGAAGCGGCCCAUGUCGCAGAUCAGCGGCGUGAGGAAGCUGGCRCACGGCUCCAGCCUCGCCGCCGCCGCCGCCGUGCCCCGCUUCGGCGUCCGCACGGCCCACGAGGCGCUGCUGGCCAAGGAGCUGGAGGACACGAACAAGUGGGGCCUGGACGUGUUCAAGAUUGCCGAGUACUCGGGCAACCGCCCGCUCACCGUCCUCAUGUACAGCAUCUUCCAGGAGCGCGACCUGAUGAAGACCUUCCGCAUCCCGGCCGACACCUUCAUCACGUACAUGCUGACGCUGGAGGACCACUACCACGCCGACGUGGCCUACCACAACAGCGCGCACGCCGCCGACGUGGCGCAGUCCACGCACGUGCUGCUGUCCACGCCGGCGCUGGAGGCCGUCUUCACAGACCUGGAGAUCAUGGCUGCGAUCUUCGCCAGCGCCAUCCACGACGUCGACCACCCCGGCGUSUCCAACCAGUUCCUCAUCAACACCAACUCGGAGCUGGCGCUCAUGUACAACGACGCCUCGGUGCUGGAGAACCACCACCUGGCCGUGGGCUUCAAGCUGCUCCAGGAGGACAACUGUGACAUCUUCCAGAACCUCAGCAAGAAGCAGAGGCAGUCGCUGCGCAAAAUGGCCAUCGACAUGGUGCUGGCCACGGACAUGUCCAAGCACAUGAACCUGCUGGCGGACCUGAAAACCAUGGUGGAGACCAAGAAGGUGACGAGCCUGGGCGUGCUGCUGCUGGACAACUACUCCGACCGCAUCCAGGUGCUGCAGAACAUGGUGCACUGCGCCGACCUCAGCAACCCCACGAAGCCGCUGCGGCUCUACCGGCAAUGGACCGAGCGCAUCAUGGCCGAGUUCUUCGGCCAGGGCGACCGCGAGCGCGACAAGGGCAUGGAGAUCAGCCCCAUGUGCGACAAGCACAACGCCUCCGUGGAGAAGUCCCAGGUGGGUUUCAUCGACUUCAUCGCCCACCCGCUGUGGGAGACGUGGGCCGACCUGGUGCACCCCGACGCCCAGGAGAUCCUGGACACGCUGGAGGACAACCGGGAGUGGUACCAGAGCAUGAUCCCGCACAGCCCGUCCCCGCCGCCCGACGACGCCGGCGGCCAUGACAAGUUCCCCUUCGAGCCGACGCCGGAGGAGGAGGAAGGGGGCACAGAGUCCGACACAGAGGCGGACGGGGCCGAGAGCCCCUUGGACGAGGAGGCCAACGGCGGCUCCAAGACACCGGCUGUGGACAACUCGGAAGCGUCCGAGCGCCUGCGUCCCGGGGCCGGGCAGYGGGAAUCGCUCCCGGCGGACGUGGACAACAGGCGGGCGCUGCAGCGGACGCUGGCCGGGGACGGGCACCCCGAGCUGGACACGGAGGGCAACGUCACAGUGGUGCCGCUGGGCACGUAGCCGCCGGCCCCGGCUCCUUGUCGCCGRACGCGGCGGGCU